AUGUCUCUUUCUGGUUACGCAUAUAACUAUGGAAAUAUAUGGUAUCAAGCAGGGAAGGCUGUGCUAACCUCAGCAUCUUUUUCCAUGACUGGUAAGAAAAUCUACAAUUCUGGUCUUAUAUAUGUAAAUCAGGUAUUGGGAGGAGGAGGUUCCUUUACAAUGGGUAAAUCAUCUUCAGACCUUACAAACGAUGGUACUAUUUGUGCGCAAUCAGUUACUCUUUCCCCAGGUACCACUAUUUCUGGCUCUGGCUGUAUAACGCUACUAUCUCAUGGUAAAUUAGAAAUAGAUAACAUCAAAUCAUAUCCAUUGAGCGGCCAAACUAUUUAUAUGAAUGAUACAUCUGCUGUCAUUUACAUCACACAUAAAUCAACCACUGCCAGCUUAACCAUAGCAGGGUUUGGCAAAAAAAAUAAAAUACAGCUUAGCCAAAGCAUCAAUUCUUAUUCUUAUGAUUCAACAACUGGUAUAUUAACCGUGGUUUCAAAAACGUUGCUUCUUGGGACCCUGACGUUGAAUCUCAACAUUGGGGAAGGCUAUACAACCUCCGAAUUCACGACCUCAAAAAGUGGGUUGCUUACUGGUACAGAUAUAAUAACUUAUGCGGCAGCAGCACCGGCUGUUUCGCUACCGGAUCAGUGCAGCUCAUGUUUAGCCUUCCCUUCGAAAGAUGACUAUUGUUCUGGCACUUCGGUUGAAUCCCUAUCCAAUACUUUCUCUGACGAUUCAUAUGAAACUAGCACAUCUGAAAUGUCUUAUAGCAGUUCUGACGCAAUGUCGUACACAGAUAGCGCCCCAUCCACAGUAGAAUCAUACUCUCAUUCUAGUUCUCUAGAUGCCUCUGCUACUAGUCCAGUCUCUAGCUCUAAUUCUAUAGUUUCCUCAACUACUGGGUCAUUGUCUAGAACGACGACACUAUCGCCAAGUUCAGCUGGCUCAGUCUCUGGUACUACCUCUUCAGAUACCACCGCUACUGUUUCUGGUUACACCACUACCGAACCUUCUGGCGCUAUUUACACCUGUCAUCUACUAUCACCACAGGUGAUGAAAACUAAAUAUUUUCAUGUCAAAUAUGUUUUACGUACUAUUCUUCGUAAAAUGAUGUAG